GUGCCUACAAUAGCUGCCUCAACUGAAGCUGAAGCUCGAAUCUUUUGGCUUGGUCUUAUUAUCUGUCCAGUUAUUUGGACAGUGUUUUUCUUUAGCACCUUGUUCUCCUUGAAGCUGAAAUGGCUGGCUCUUGUGAUAGCUGGGAUCUCCCUUCAGACUGCUAAUUUAUAUGGCUACAUCCACUGCAAAUUAGGGGGACAAAAAAGCAUCAGCAGAGUAACUUCAAGGUUUUUUGUCACAGCAGAUGUUCCCAGGAGACAGACAAGGAGAAUUUCAGAAGACCGCACCGAAGAACAUGGGAAAACAGGCACUAGAUAAUCAAAUAAGGAAGGAUUGAAAGGAUGAGCAGUAAAAAUACUCAUUUAUGAAAGCUAUUCUUCAUAUGAAGGUAGUGAAGUAAAGCUCUUCUAGAAAUUAUGCCUG